AAACUUGUCCACAAUGCAGCUAACUCACUAACCCCAAAAACACACAAAACAAAAAAAAAACACUCAAAUAUUAUUGUAGAAAAUAUGUUUCAAAGAAGCUACAUUGUGAUUUUCUUGAUUCUAACUUCAUUUUUUCCACUUGCUUUUGGGAUUUUCUUGAAUGUCACUACUCUUCCUGGUCAGCAUCCUGAUCCUGAAGCUGUUGCUCUUGAAGUUAAUAGGAAAGUGAAUGCAUCACUCUCAAUUUUCCAAUCUAGAAGAAAAAUGUUGUCUUACACAAGUAGUGACCAAUCCUCUUGUCAAACGGGCAACCCUAUCGAUGAUUGUUGGCGAUGUGACCAUAGUUGGCAACUAAAUCGCCAAAGACUAGCCGAUUGUGCCAUCGGUUUCGGUCAAUAUGCCCUCGGUGGUAAAGGCGGUCGUUACUAUGUGGUCACCUCAUCCUCGGACCCCGACCCCGUGAACCCGCCACCUGGCACUCUCCGAUACGGAGUCAUCCAAGAGGAACCGUUAUGGAUAGUAUUCUCAGCCAAUAUGGAGAUUAAACUCUCGGAAGAACUCAUUUUCAACUCGCACAAAACCCUAGACGGACGUGGGGUCAAUGUGCACAUAACGGGAGGGGGUUGCAUAACGUUACAAUAUAUCUCCAACGUUAUAAUCCACAACAUACACGUACAUCAUUGUUACGAAUCGGGCUAUACGAACGUACGUUCGAGCCCUACACAUUUUGGAUACCGAGGCAAGUCGGACGGGGACGGAAUCUCGAUUUUCGGGUCACGAGACAUAUGGAUAGACCAUUGUUCAUUGUCCAAUUGUAAAGAUGGAUUAAUUGAUGUAGUUAUGGGGUCAACGGGGAUAACGAUAUCAAAUAAUCAUUUUUCACAUCAUAAUGAGGUAAUGUUAUUGGGACAUAGUGAUGAUUAUUUGCCAGAUUCAGGUAUGCAAGUCACAAUAUCAUUUAAUCAUUUUGGUAAAAAAUUAAUUCAAAGAAUGCCAAGGUGUAGAAGAGGAUAUAUUCAUGUUGUCAAUAAUGAUUUUACAAGAUGGGAAAUGUAUGCAAUUGGUGGAAGUGGAAGUCCUACUAUUAACAGCCAAGGAAAUAGAUAUAUUGCACCCUUUGACCCUUUUGCUAAAGAGGUAACAAAAAGAGUGGACACGGAUGAAGGAAAAUGGAGAAAUUGGAAUUGGAGAAGUGAAGGGGAUGUAAUGGCAAAUGGAGCAUACUUUGUGGCCUCUGGUGAAGAAGUUGAAGUUAAAUAUGAAAAAGCUUAUAGUGUGGAGCCCAAAUCUGCUGAUUUUAUUGACCAAAUUACUUUAAAUGCUGGUGUUCUUAUUCACAGGGGCAGCAACAGUGGAAAAUGGACUGCUGCCACCAACAAUGACACCGAAUCCGCCGGAGAUGACGGUGGAGGGGAAGAUCUCGUGGCGAUUUCCGGCGACUCCGACGACGAUUAUGGUGGUGAUGAAGAGUCUAGAAGCUCUUCAAUUUACUCUAAUUUCUCCUUGUUAUUUAAUUUUCUAAUGACAUUGUUAGCCUUAUUGUAGUCUUAAAAAAAA